UGUAGAAUGGCUCGAUUCGGUUGUCCUCGCAUCGGUCACCGGUAUAAGCGAGCAUCAGCAAUUUCUGUACAUCGGUGCCGGCUGUUAUUUGGGUCUGGUCUGCUCGUGCUGUGAGCUAUCGAACCCCCCACCUUGCAACCUUCGUCAGUUCCUACCCCGCGAUGCUUCUCGGGUUGAAAACUUUGCAAGAAAUUUAGCGAGGGCUUUCUUAGAAGGAAUAGUAUUGUACAUUCUCUUCGGGUUUUUGAUCUGAUAAAGAGCCCCGCGAGUGAUCAAGAUGGUAAGCAGAGAUUCGGCCGAUGCGCGUGCGAAAAAGAACGCUCAGUACGUAGAUCUCAAAAAUCGACCGGAGCUCUUGGACUCGUGGCAGCUACGCUACUUCUACGAACCUGACAGCUACAAAGUAACCAGAGAAAUGGAGAAGAAGUCGCAUGAUAAGGAAACCUUGUACCGCGAGUUUCAGCGUGGAGAUCACCAUCGCGAAUGUUUCUACCAGGGCUCUGUCAAGCCAAGCAAGAUGUUUAUUGUCACGGCGAAUUAUACCCUGGAUCAGAGUGCAUGCGCGCAUAAUGACAGAGGCUGGGCGGAGGAUUGUGUUGAUGUGUUUUCGCAGUUUGGAAGCCGUGUCUUUUUCAUCAACAUGGAAGACGCCCCGCGCUCUCAGCUGUAUCUCAAUGAGAAAUUGGUCUGUUGUUGUCAUUCAAAUUUUGUUCAGACGUACUGCUAGGUCUAGGUUCCGCUUUUGAAAUGGUUUUUAUGCAAGAAUUGUAUGAUGUUCAAGUCGCAGAGUGUUUUAUCACACGACACAACUAGGAAAAUAGAAGACAAACCACAGGUACGGGCAAGAGAUCGAAGAAGUUGCGACGUACCCAUGGAGAUGCGUCAUCGCGGGAUCUGCGGUCGAGAUGGAUGACGCUCUCCGGUUUUGUUGCUCGCUGUUUAUACCGCAGAAGCCUUCCUGCCGUACACGGUAUUACGAUAUCUGGAGCGCUGCGCCAUCCGUCGCUAUGAAGAGGGGGCGCGGUCGCCCGCGCGGAGCAACGACAAGCAGCGCCAGCAGCUCAUCGCGACAGACGAUGGGCAACCUCCGUAGGCAGGUUGCUCAGCUGCAGACAGAGAAUGCGAAUCUGCGGGAAGAGAAUGCGAAACUACAUGAAGAGAAGCGCAGUCGUAGCACGGUAGACUGCGUCUCAUCGUCUAGCGAAGGGACUGCUUCCAAGCGUCAGAAAAUGUAAUGGGGCGCGUUGCAGGGUUCCGCGACAGGGUUUGUUUUACGGCUCGCUCAGUAGAGAAGCUUUAUAGUGAAACACAGAGGAUUUUUGAAUAUGAAAUCGAGGUCGUUAAAGAAUCCAGAAACACAUACAGACUUUCCGAGAAUGAGGUCAACGAAUUAUCUAUGAACAUCAUCUUUCUUGUCCAAACAGACGUAUCUGCAGAUAGUCUGAAAACAUUUUGCAUAUUCCAUAAAAACAAGAACAGCAAAAUCAGUCUUUUAUUCCACCGUGUAUUUAUUGUCCAUUGAUUUACGUUGAAUGUUACAUCCGUACAGGGGACACACUUCACAAUGUAUCUAUAAUUGUGGCUCUACUCGAGCCUGUUUCGUCCCGGACGGCGCGGCCUGGCCGCAGAGCCGCGGACCCUCAACCUUGAACCUUGAGCCUUGCUAUCUGAAGGUAGUAGCGAAUGCACAUCUGAAUGCAAGGUGAUUUCAUGGUGAAUGCUGCUUCCGCAGAUAUCAACACUUAUAUAUCAUUUAACAAGAGUCAGGUGUUUUGCUCCGCAUUUGAGCUGUGAGCACUUCCUAAGCUGAUGUGAAGAAGUUGUAGCAUCAUGGAAAACGAUCAGCUUACUGCAACACCAUUUUGGAGCCAUGGCAGAC